GCGCGCUGGACAGAGGAGACAGGAUUUGACAGCCUUUGGAUUGAAUGGAUGAUUGUGAAAUAAAGAAAAAGAAAAGGAAAGGAAAAGAAAGCAGGAUAAAGGAUUACUGAUGUGAUAUGUGAUGGAACUGUGACGGCUAGAAGUUGCUCCAUGGAGCUGCAGUCGUCCCGUUAAAUGAGGCGGUCAUGGAGAAGAGCAGCAGCUGGGGAUUACAUGGGUUCGAGCUCUUCUUACUCGUGUUGCUCUCGGGUUACCCGAUCUGCUGUGAGGGAAGCUGGAUGUGGCUGGGCAUCACAUCUGUGGGAGUAGUGGAGAAGAUGGGUUGCUCUAAUUUGCCCCUGUCCAGCAAGCAGAAGGAUGUGUGUAAGCGUAAACCCUACUUGCUCCCCAGCAUUAAAGACGGGGCACGUCUAGGCAUCACAGAGUGUCAGUCCCAGUUCAGACAUGAGCGCUGGAACUGCAGCACCAGCAAACAACCAUCUGUGUUCGGCUAUGAGCUCACCAGCGGAACGAAAGAAACAGCGUUUAUCUACGCUAUCAUGGCGGCAGGGUUGGUGCACUCAGUCACCCGGUCCUGCAGUGCAGGGAACAUGACUGAGUGCUCGUGUGACACCAGGCAGGCGGGCAGUGGCUCACAAACUGAGGGCUGGCACUGGGGUGGCUGCUCCGAUGACAUCGGCUAUGGGACGUGGUUUAGCCGCCGUUUUAUUGACCACGCAACGAAGAACGCUUCUUUGCAUGAAGACGAGGCUCUUCUCUUUAUGAACCAGCAUAACAGUGAGGCAGGGAGACAGGCUGUAGCCAAGACAAUGUGGACAGACUGCCGCUGCCAUGGCGUCUCAGGGUCCUGUGCUGUAAAGACAUGUUGGAAGACCAUGGCUUCCUUUGAGCGUGUAGGCAACUAUCUAAAGGACCGUUAUGAGAAUAGCGUACAGGUGCUAGACCGCACCAAGCGCAAGUUCCGUCGCAAGGAAAAGGAACAGAGGCACAUGCCAAUUGGCCGGGAGGAGCUCAUCUUCCUUAACAAGUCACCCAAUUAUUGUGUGGAGGACCGGCGCUUGGGUGUGGCCGGGACUAGAGGGCGCCGUUGCAACCGCACAUCUGCUGGACCGGACAGCUGUAACUUGCUGUGCUGUGGCCGAGGAUACAACACGCAUGUGGUGCGUCAUGUGGAGCGCUGCGAGUGCAAGUUCAUCUGGUGCUGCUAUGUGCGCUGCCGACGCUGCGAGACCAUGAAUGACAUUCACACGUGCAAAUAGACAGUUGAGACCAGUGGACAGCAACCUAUGAGAGGACAUUUAAGAGAUGAAGUUUGAUUGGGGAAAUGGAGAUUAUAUGGGUUCUUCUUUUACUUCCUUUCCUUCCUCUUCCUCUUUUUGGCAUUCACCUCAAAAGCUUGAUUCAGCAGUGCUUGAGUAGCUGGAUGGAUUCUCAGGAAGUUGAUGAAAUAUUACCUGAUGACUGAGUGCUACUGUGAGAACUGAUGACUGAAGCAGCUUUUUUGUGAUCAAGAGUUAAUCUCAUUCUCUUCUUAUGAACAGUUCCCCCUAUAAGACAAUACAAUGGACAACUUCGAAUCUUUGGGAUCCAGUGUCAAUUAGAUUCUAAUAUGGGUUGAAGUUUGAUCAAAUUCAGAUGAUCUAUAUUCAUGUCAUAAUAUUUCAGCCUUGAAUAAUACUUGUAAUGUUAAAAUUUAUUGACUUGCCCCUCACUGGGAUCUUAACUAUCAGAGAAGCUAAAGAAUCAAAAGUACUUAAAAAUAAAAACACAGCACCAUCAUGCUUAUAAUAACUUAUUAGUUUUUGGUAGUGAAAUACUUAUAUGAUGUAUAUAGUCUGCUAAAUGAUAUUGCUCUUCUUAGUAAAGACCAUUCUUUUUCAUUGAACAAUCCAAGUAGAAUCCUUCAAGAAAGCUAGAACAAGUAAGAUUUCAAAGAGCUAUU